GACUGCAGCGUGGCAGCGUAUCAACAUUUGAUUUCAAUGUUCAGGCAAUGUGCAUCUGAAAAUGAAGCCAUUCACAGAAGUGCGAGAUGGGUUGGGUUCGGAAGACAGGUUAGCAGACAAUAUAAAGGUUCCAUUAACGCCGUGUGCAGGUACGGAAGGUACACAGAUUACCAUCCGCGAUGGUGACUGCAACUCCGCAAACGAAUCUGGAAAUGUCCGAGCAACCUUAUUGCUGCCAGCAAAGUGUGACCAGCCAAAAAUGCUCCAAGGCCUGGGAUGGUCGAAUUCAGGGAAACGCAGAUUCGGAGGCGUCAGUUAACCAGGGAGAUGAUCGUGUCCUUGUGAGAAGUGGGAGCUCAGUGGUUUCCUCGCUGUCUCUGCAGGUAAGGGGUGGUCACGACGAUGGCGAAGCACAUGGAUUACAAGAACUACAUGGUGCACAUGAGGAGCAAGCUUACGGUGAUGCAGAGGAGGGUACGACGACCACGACCCUGGUGCUAAUGAGUCCGACGAAGAUUACACAGAAUCAGACGAUAGGUGUUUAGGAGACGAGGACGAUGUGCAAGAGAGCAACCGCCGCUGCGCCAAGCGUGCUAGAAUUAACUAAGAAUCCGUAUUGUAGGCCAUCGCGUGUCAAUGCAGCUAUGGUAAUGACGCCAUUUCCUUGCUGAUGAGUUGGACCAAUCAAGACAUCGUACUGUUCUGUUUAGUUCACCUGUAGCUUCAAAUGG